AUGCCGGGCUACACCUGGUCAUUUGUGGACCGUCCCAGAAGAAAGUGUAUUUGUCCCCUUUGUCGUCUGCCGAUGAGGGAGGCUGUCAGAGUGUCCUCGUGUGGCCACACCUUCUGUGACGUUUGUCUGCAGGAGUUCCUCAGUGCUGGUGUGUUCAAAUGUCCAGAAGAUGAUAAGCCUUUAGAUUAUGCUCAGAUCUACCCCGAUGAUGAUCUUACGUCUGAGGUAAUGAAUAGUCUUAUCCGAUGUCGCUACCAUAAGGAUGGGUGUCGCUGGGUAGGCAAGCUGCAUAAUCUUCAGUCACAUCUCGACCAGUGUUGCUAUGACAAUAUAGCUUGCCCUAACAAGUGCCCAGCCCUCCUGUCUCGUCUAUCCUUGGAGGACCAUCUUGAGUUCUCCUGUCCUAAUCGUCUUGUGGUUUGUGAGUUCUGUAAUCAGCAGCUUCCUGGAGACACAUAUGAGAGGACACAUUCUGGCCAGUGUCCCUUUGAGGUGAUGUGGUGUGAAAACAAAUGUGGAGCCCGACUAGAGCGGCGCUUCCUUAACAACCAUAUGAGAAACGAGUGUCACAAGCGCACAGUAGAAUGCUCCUACUGCAAGAGGGAAUUUGUACAGGAAACAUUACAGACUCAUCAGUACCAGUGUCCUCGUUUUCCAGUAACAUGUCCUAAUCGCUGUGACCCCACCAAGAUUGCAAGAGAGGACCUAGAUGUCCAUGUCCAGGCCCUCUGUCCAUCUGCUACAGUUAGCUGUGCCUUCAAAAAGGCAGGAUGUUCUCACAAGUGCCCAAGAUUCAGUAUGGACAAACAUGUGGAAGAAAAUAUGAAACACCACCUGCAGUUGAUGUGUGACUUGUCACAUCGCCAACAAGAGGAGAUAACCCAGCUUUGUGAUGCCCUUUACUCACUGUCACAUGUCACAGAUGGCACCUUCAUAUGGCGCAUCACUAACUACAAACAAAAGUUCCUUGAGUCUGUGUAUAAAAGUGUGGAGAUUGUCAGUGAGCCCUUCUACACCUCUCGCUAUGGCUACAAGAUGGUGGCGUCUGUGUUUCUGAAUGGAAAUGGGGCAGGGGAAGGCAAAAACUUGUCAGUGUAUAUCAAGCUCCUCCCCGGUGACUAUGACAAUCUCUUAGAUUGGCCUUUCUCCCUUCCUAUCUCAUUCUGUUUGUUUGACCAAUGUUCAAGUCCGGACAAACGCAGCAAUAUUUCAGAGAGCUUUACUCCUGACCCUACGUGGAAGCAUUUCCAGAAACCUCUGAAAGAUGCAGACAAGGACACGCUGGGAUUUGGUUACCCAAAGUUUGUAUCACAUGAUGUCCUCAAGUCCCGUGAUUACAUCAAAGACGAUUGUAUUGUGAUCAAGGUCAAAGUGGACAACAAGAAGUUCAUCUGUCCCUGA